UCUGAUUUUUUUUUCUAUUUAAUUUGAUAGAGAAGAGAUGGCUAUUGAUGAAGCCGAGCUUGAGCCUCUAGAAUUUGCCGAGAAAAUGCACACUCAACAGGAAUUACAACAACAGAAACUGGAGAUGUUAGUUCAGAUUAGAAAACACAAUUCCGAGAGCCAAUCUGUCAUACUUGAGACUUUGCAGAGGCAGUUGGAGAGUGCUGAUUUCGAUACCAGUGCGUCAAUAUUCACUCUGGAGCAGAUCCAAGGGAAUGUUGAGAAACACUCCAGUUCACAUAUUUCAAGAGGUGAGAGAUUUACGUCGCAUCCAGUCUUCUCCCUGUACUAUAGCCGAUGUGGCACCUGUUGA